AUGGCCCCAGAAGGGCUCGAUGGCUCCAACCAGAAACUUCAUCCAUUCUUUGUCGCAGGAAAGAGCAACGACUUGCCAAUGCCCGAGGCAAACGCGGUAGACCAACCUCCAAAUGCAAACGAGCAGACCCCGAUCAAGAAACCUGGACGACCUAAGAAGCAGAGACACGCUUUACAGCAACCAUCCAGCGACAUUGAACCGCACUCUUCCGACAUUGACGAGGAUGGACCCGAUCGCAAGAGACAGAAGACUGGCAGUGCUGGACCGGGCUCAGGCAAGAAGAGGGGACGCCCUAGAAAGAAGACGAGUGUACCGGCGAACGAUAUAACGAGCCACUUCUCCCAGAACAACGGUGUCCCGUCAACUGCCCUCGCCAACGAAGUCCCACGAACGCCUCCUCCCGAGCCAGUUAUUGUCCCAGAAGUCUCUGUAUUGCUUCCUCAAGCUCCGCCGACGAACUCUGAAGUCUCGUCGACCGUUACGGCAGGCGCAGCGCUGCCUUCCGCAAACCAAGACCAGUCGAAGCCGAACAAGGUCCUCAAGUUCAACCCAAAGACUGGAACAAUUGGGUCCCCGCCCAAGCCCAAGCCAGCUCCCGCCGAGAGCUCCAAAGGCGCCAAGUCCUUAAAGUCGCCCGCCAAGCCGACCCGCAUCAUUACUAUUAGAUAUGGCCAUGAUACAGAGACGCGCGCGCGCAUUGGUCCCAAGAUACAACAGAUUCUGGAUAGUCCGUCCCCAAAGAAGGGGAGUCCGAAGUCGAAGACGACGCCCAAGAAACCUCGAGCCAAAGCUACAAAAUUGGAGCAGGAUAAGACGAAAUCGGGCACUACGCAUCCAAUGUUUCUUGGAAAGGCCAAGAAUGCAGCAAAAUCCGACGCGUCUCCAGCUCCUGCACCGAAACCACCAAGGCAAACCAUCUUCAGUUCUACGCCAUGCUCGCCUAAGAAGCAACGCGCGGUCCCUAUGACCGGAAAGAUCCCGCAGUUUGGCAUGCGAUCCUUGGGACUCAAGGUGCCAGGAUCAUGUCAUCCAGCAUGGCCAGCCCAGGGAAUGGCCCAUGUCAGGGGGUUGACAACAGAGGAAGAACAACUGUCCGCGGCUGUCCAGCAACUCCAAGUCUCUGAUCGGAAGUCCAAGGGCCAAAACACCAAUAUCUUGCCCGGCGAAUCAGUCAUUGAUAUGCUUGUCAAGUCGUUAGACACCCUCGGCAUCAUGAAGUCUCUCCAGGAUACAACUGAUGAUUACCAACCACCUCCACCUGAGCUUCGCCUGCCGGGAAAGCACUUUGAGAGUGGCCGCAAGCUGCGUUCACGGAUCAAACCUGAGCUACGAACAUGCUUGCCUCUUGGGAGCCAGAACGACGAGAGUGAUGACGAGGUUCUCACGGCAUCCACCCGAAAGCCUCACCCAGCUGUUGCUCGCUUAUAUAAUUCCCUCGAGACCAAUCUUUCCGCAUACGACAGGUCUCAAUGUGAAGAGCUCACUUGGGCGCAGAAAUACGCGCCUAUCCUUGCAGAAGAAGUGCUGCAAAGUGGCAAGGAGGGUGUACUUCUCAAGGAAUGGCUCCAGACACUGAGGGUCCAGUCUGUGAAUACCGGUACAGCAACCGCCGAUCAGAAGUCGUCUGGUGCUAAGCCUGGAUCUGCGACAAAGAAGAAGCGGAAGCGCAACAAGUUGGACAACUUCAUUGUAUCCGAUGGCGACGAGACAGAGUUCCUGCCGAGUGUCUCUGAUGAUGACGAGGACGAUUGGUUGCCUACCCAUAGUCAAGGUGGUCCCAAGAAAACCGUGGUUCGCAGAGACAUUGGCAAAGACCUCAGCCGACUAACCAAUGCUGUUGUACUGAGCGGUCCGCAUGGCUCUGGCAAGACUGCGGCGGUUUAUGCGGUUUCAAAGGAACUGGGCUUCGAGAUAUUCGAGAUCAAUGCGAGCAGCCGCCGAAACGGCAAGGAUGUGAUGGAAAAGGUCGGAGACAUGACACAAAACCAUCUCGUCCAGCAAAAUCGCCAAGGAAAGGAUGACAGCAAAGCCGUGGACGACGAAACAUCCAAAGACAUUAAAUCUGGCAAACAAAACACCAUGAUGUCCUUCUUCAAACCCAAAGCAGCGACCAAGCCUGAGUCGAAGCCUCAAGCCGAACCAAAACCCGAGCAGGAGACUGAGCAGCCAGUUGAGGCACCCAAGACCACCAAGGCAAAGACCCAAAACCAGAAGCAGUCCUUGAUUCUUCUUGAGGAAGUUGACGUUCUUUACGAAGAGGACAAGCAAUUUUGGGCAACCAUCAUGAAUUUGAUUGUCCAGUCAAAGAGGCCCUUUGUCAUGACCUGCAACGACGAGAAUCUUGUUCCGUUCCACAACUUUGUCCUCUAUGGCAUCUUCCGAUUCACACCUCCUCCUGAAGACCUGGCUGUAGACGUGCUUCUUCUCAUCGCUGCGAAUGAAGGCCAUGCUCUGAAGCGCGCAGCUGUGAGUGCACUCUAUGAGGCAAAGGGACACGACUUGCGGGCUUCUUUGAUGGAACUCAACUACUGGUGCCAGCUUGGAGUUGGCGAUCGACGAGGUGGCUUUGACUGGCUCUACCCGCGUUGGCCCAAAGGAUGCGACAAAGAUGAGAACGGCGAUGUUGUCCGUGUUGUGAGUGAAGGGACAUAUCUAGAGGGAAUGGGAUGGAUAAGCAGGGAUCCUGCAGUCACCGGCAGCUCCCUUGCCUCUGAGGAGGAGUUGAUGACACAGUGCUGGCAGGGCCUGGGCUUGGACUUGGGCAACUGGCAUGAUUCCCUCGACAUGGCAUCAUGGGCCGAAAGCGAGUCCCUUGACCCUACCCAGCCAGAUAUCUCAAGCAAGUCGCGCGAUGACUUUGUCGUUGGACGGCGACUCCUUGAAGCACCUCCACUUACGACAUUUACCUACACAGCCACCGCCAUUUCCAACAGCCUCAAGUCCGCCGCCCGUCAGACCCUCCAAGCUGCCCCCAGCAAAGCUGAGUCUGCAGUCAGCAUGGAUCACAUCGGGGAGGGCAAGGCAAUUCAGCAGAUGCGGCGAUCCUUCAACAAGCCGACGAAAGACACAGCCGUCUCACGAUAUGAUAUGAGUCUGGCGUUCGAUCCGAUUGCGGCUUCAGAGAAGGCACUGGCAAGCAUGUCCAACAGUCUUGAGCCGUCGGUAUUCGACAGGACUAUGCGGAUGAUAACACUCGAAGUCGCACCAUAUGUGCGCAGCAUUAUCGGAUACGAUCACCGUUCAAUGCAAGAGCGCCAGCAGAGAAGCUCGCUUGUCAGCGAGGGUGGCAGGCCUGGCAAGCGAAUGCGCAGUACUCGAAGUGCGCUCUCGGCUCAAGAGGGCGUGGCGCGCGGUAGUACUCGUAGAGAGAGCUAUUUUUCUGCCGAGCUGAGCACGCCUUUGGUUAUGAGGACCGGAGGAGAGGGUUGGCAGGCGGCUGUGGAUAUGGAGAUGAGGCUGAUGCCGCGCCUGCCAAGUGUUGCCCCGAGUGACACCAGUAAUGAGACGGCAGCGCCAGUGUCGAGUGCCGAGGUACCAGUGCCGAAUGCAGAGGUUCCGACGUUGAGCGCGGAGUAG